AUGGCCCAAGUUCCGGUGCAGACGAUCCAUCGGGAUCCCCAGCUCCUUUACUGGAUCCUCUUCCCGAUCACGGUGGUCAUGGUCUUGACCGGCAUCCUGCGACACUACGCCACGGUCCUGCUCGCCACGGCACCCAAGAAGCUCGACAAGCCCGCGCUCAAGGAGCAGCGCAGCCUGAUGCACGGCGUCACGGUCCGCACCAACCACCACGUCCUGUCCAAGAAGUCCUUUGAGGCUCGCCGCGAUGCGCUCGUCGCGGCGUACGAGUCCGGCGCGUACCUGAAGAAUCCGGAUCAGAAGGGCCAGCCGCCGGCGAAUCCGCUUACCGAUCCCGGCGCGAUGGACGGAAUGAUGGGUAUGAUGAAGAAUAACAUGGCCAUGAUUAUCCCCAACACGUUGAUCAUGAGCUGGAUCAAUGCCUUCUUCAGCGGAUACGUCAUUAUGAAAUUGCCCUUCCCCAUCACCAUCAAGUUCAAGAGCAUGCUUCAGGCGGGUGUAGCGACGAAGGACAUGGAUCCCCGAUGGAUGUCCAGUAUCUCUUGGUACUUCCUCUGUAUUUUUGGUCUGCAGUCUGUCUUCGUCUUCAUCUUGGGAAGCGAUAAUGCUGCCAGCCAGAUGGCCCAGCAAAUGGGACAGAUGGGAGGUGCCGCAGGUGCCCCCCAGAUGUUUGGACCCGGUGUCGACCCUGACAAGCAGUUCAAGGGCGAGGCUGAGAACAUUGCUGUCGUUGACCACUACUCUGUUUUGGACGAUGUGGAGUCAAGACUGCUUGCGGGUAUCAAGUCAUAG